CAGCGGCCGCUUGAGGGCUCAGAUCGCGAGGGGGGGGGACCCCGAUGUCUGCCCCGAGCCCCUCCGCGGCGCUCCCCAGCGAAGCCUCCUGCCCCAUCUGCCUCGAGUACUUCCGCGACCCGGUCUCCAUCCACUGCGGACACAACUUCUGCCGCGUCUGCAUCUCCCGCUGUUGGGAAUGGUCCACGGCGCCUUUCUCCUGCCCGCGGUGCCGGGAGACGGCGCCGGAGAGGAUGCUCCACCCCAGCCGGGAGCUGGCGCGGGUGCUGGAGGCGGCGCGGAGGCUGAGCGCGCAGGCGGCCGGGGGGGACACGGGGCAAGGGGAACGAUGCGAGAAGCACCAGGAACCUCUCAAGGUCUUCUGCGAAGACGAUGGAGCUUUUAUCUGCGUGAUCUGCCGGGAGUCCCGCGCGCACCGCUCCCACAGGAUGCUGCCCGCGCAGGAUGCUCUCCAGGAAUACAAGGGACAAAUCCAGGCCCGUCUGCAAGCCCUGAAGGAAGAGAGAGACAAACUGCUGGGGUUGCGAGAGGUUGAGAUGAGGAGGAACUGGGAACACUUGGAGAAGACCGCAGCCGAGCGCCAGAGGGUCCUAUCCAAGCUGGAAGGGCUGCGGCUCUUCCUGGGGGACCAUGCCCAGCAUCUGCUGGCUCAGCUGGGGGACCUGGAGCGGGACAUCGAGAAGCUGCAGGAAGAAAACAUCACCAGCCUGACAACGGAGAUCUCCCGCCUGGAUUCCUUCAUCCAGGAGAUGGAGGAGAAGAGCCAGCAGCCAGCAAGUGAACUCCUGCAGGACAUCAGAAGCACCUUGAGCAGGCUUGAAAUGGAGAACUUCCAGCAGCCCCCGCUGCUGCUGCUUCCAGAGCUGGAGAAGAGAAUCAGCCACUUCAGGGAGAGAAACACGGCUCUGGAGGAGACCCUGAGGAGCUUCCAAGACAUCCUGAUGUUUGAGCUGCCGGAAAAGAUGAAGGUGACCCUGGACCCAUCCACUGCCCACCCCCAGCUCCUGGUGUCAGCCGAUGGGAGGAGCGUGAGGUGGGACAACGAUUCCCAUCAGGACCCAUGUGCUGAGGGCUUGGGCACCGACCCCUGUGUCCUGGGCCGUGAGGGCAUCACCUUGGGGAGAUGCUGCUGGGAGGUGGAGGUGGCCCCCAGAGGCUCCUGGGCUGUCGGGGUGGCCACAGAGCCCCUCAGGAGGAGGGAAGAGGCUGCUGAGGACCCCGGGAUGGAGCUCUGGUCCAUGGGGCUCUGCGAGGGUCAGUUCUGGGCUCUCACCUCCCUCGAGCGCAUCCCGCUGUACCAGGUCCAGGUCCCCACCAAGGUCCGGGUCUCCCUGGACUAUGACAAGGGUCAGGUGGCAUUUUUCGAUGCCAAUAAGAGAUCCCUGAUCUUCACCUUCCCAGCAGCCUCUUUCAAAGGGGAGAGCGUCCAUCCCUGGUUCCUGGUGUGGGGCGAGGGGGCCCACAUCACGUUGUGUCCAUGAAGCUCUCCCUUCCUACCCAAACGCAAGCUUCAUGUCCCCAAUAUCCCUAUUUCCAGCACUCUUGGGCACUUUCAUUGGCCUUUCUGGCCUCUAUUUCCAUCCCCAGAGAUGCCAAACGGAUGAGCAUCCCCAUGGGUCAGUGUCUCAAGUGGUCACCCCCAAAUCAGGGCUCCAAAUGGAGCCACAGCAUCUCACACCAGUUUGGCUGCUUGUCCCUCUUAUGCUUUUAGAUGAAGUAAAAGGAUGUACGUGCUGUCA